UUACAAAAAAUGGCACAAUACAAAGGGGCGUCAGUUGAUGGUUUUCGAGCAAAAACUUUGUUGAAAAAGAGAGAAAAGCAAAAGGAAGAAAUAGAGCAUCUUAAAAAUAAAAUUACUGAAGACAUGGACCAAAGAAGUAAUAUUGCUAUCAAUCAAAAGUUUUCAGCACACUAUGAUGCAGUUGAACAAGAGCUGAGAGAUAAUACAAUUGGACUUGUGACAUUGGAUCAGAUGAAAGCAAAGCGAGAAAGUGUUGUACAAGAGCAUGAAAAGAGAAUUGCAAGCGAAAAACAAGCUAAAGAGAUUGAAAAAGAAAGGAAAAGAAAGAAAAAGGAGCAAGAAAAGACAGAGAAGCGUUCAAAGUUAUCAUUUGGCUUAGAGGAAGAAGAAGAAGAUGAGAAUGAAACUCAUUUUGAAGAAAUAAAACCAGGACGAAGGCUGGGUAAAAAUCCAGAUGUUGAUACAUCUUUUUUACCUGACAAAGAUAGAGAAGAAGAAGAAAAUAAAGAGAGAGAGCGUUUGAGACAAGAAUGGGUUGAAAAACAAGAACAAAUCAAAGCUGAAAGUGUUGAAGUUACAUAUAGUUACUGGGAUGGUUCUGGUCAUCGAAAAAAAUGCUUAAUGAAGAAAGGUGAUACUAUUCAAAAAUUUUUACAGCAAUGUUUAAGAGAUCUACGUCAAGAAUUUACAGAACUAAGACCUGUUGAUGUAGUUAGUUUGAUGUAUGUCAAAGAAGAUCUAAUUAUACCUCAUCAUUAUACAUUCUAUGAUUUCAUCGUUAACAAGGCAAGGGGCAAAAGCGGACCAUUAUUUUCAUUUGAUGCUUACGAAGACAUUCGCAUAACACAAGAUGCUUCUAUUAGUAAGGACGAGUCGCAUGCUGGAAAAGUUUGUUUACGCAGCUGGUACGAAAAAAACAAACAUAUUUUUCCUGCAAGUCGGUGGGAGCCUUAUGAUGCUGAAAAAAAGUGGGACAAAUACACUGUCAAUGACAAAUAAUCGACUUCCUCAACUAGUAGUAAAAUUCAAAUAUUAUUUUUAAAGAUUAUUAAAGCAUUUAAAAAAAAUUGUUAUCUCAUACCUGUUCAAAGAAAUAAAAUCCUGCGAGUCUGUA